CGAUUUCAGUAUUUCAUUGCAUGGGUGUGAUUAUUUUUAUACGGUCACACUGCAUGACGUUUGCAUUGUGUAGUUAUUUUUUUUUUGUUAGUUUUUGUUCGCUUUUAUUUAACGUUUUCGGGUGCAGAUUCGUCAUCGUUCGCGUAGUGAAUGUGUGGUGUUUCGGCCAAGCCUUGUUACCGUUUCGAGUGUGUGUGUUCAUUCCGUCCUUACAAUUUGGAGUUUGACCUUUCUUCCCCGCACGUCUUUGCUUCCGGGAAACUAGUGGAGUAAAUUCGCUGCUUGUGAAAUCCAUAAAACAUCAGUCUCAAUCGGGGCCGCAGUCGCAGUCCCAAUCAUUCGCCUGUUGCGCCUGUUGGGGUGGAGCUCUCUCUUUCGCCUUUCUCUCUCACUCACUCUCUCUCUGUGAGUUUCCCCCCACCCCGUUCAGCUGUUGCGUUUGCGUGCGUGUAGGCCAGUGGCAGCAGAAUUUUAUGUCCAUUUGGACGGUGGAAAAACUAUAAUAUUUUGUGUCUCUGGGCCGAUGUUUAGUGCGAGAAAAUAGUGAUAUACGGCACGUGCAGGCCCCAUCAUUCAUGCCGUAGAGCAGAGUUGUUCUGUCUGGGCCUGCUCCUCCUCUCCUCCGUUGCACAAUUACUGUGUUUACACUGCCAACACCAACACAAGCACAAACAACAGUGCUACCAAUACCAACACCAACAACAACAACAGUGUUGAUUAGAAGCUUCGUCUAUAUGCUGAGCAUUGUCCAAAAGAUGUUGUGAUGGCAAAGAUGGCAUCGGGAGAUCUUUCGCUGACCAGCACGAGCAGUCAAGAGGAAGAAAGCUCAGAGUAUGUGGGCUAUGACAACACACUCCGUCCGCCGUCCAACUCCAGCGGCAGCACCACGGCCGCCAAUAUGGCCAACAACAACGGCCCCACCAAGGACGUCAACAUCAACAGCACAGCCAUUGUGGGGGUGUCCGGCAGCGGGCACGGGAACGGAAAGAAGUACGAGCUGCUGCAGUCGCAGUACGAGGUGGCUGUACGGGAGCUGAGUACGCUACGGCAGCAGCACUCGCACACGAAGCGGCGCUGCGAGGAGCUGGCCACCGACCUCAAUCUCUACCAGGAGCACUACGUGGCGGAUAGCAAGAAGUUCACGGACAUGGUGGAGGAGAGUGCGCGGCUCAAGCGCAAGCUGAUCCUGCUGGAGAACCAGAGCCAGCAGAGCCAGAGCCAGAACCAGAACCAAAACCAGAAUGGCAGCGCACCUGGAGCGUCUCAGGGUGCGGGCGGCAAUCCGUAUUACUUCGGGAAAGCGUCCUCCUGCGAUGGCAGCUGCAGCGACAAGCUGGCGGAGUUGAAGAAGGAGCGCAGCAUGCUGGUGGUGGAGCGGGAGAAGUACAAGAAGUCGUACAUUGAGCUGGAGAAGGAGCGCAACUACUAUCGGGAGCGCGGCGAUGAGAACCAGACGCUGAAGGUGCUGCUGUCCAAGGAGACGAAGAACGUGGUCUCGCUCACCGAGGAGCUGAACCAGCUGCUCUCCGAGAAGGACAACGUGCUGCAGGAGACCCAGAAGAUGUCCGACGACCUGGUGCUGGCCAACAAGGAGAUCGAGCGUCUCAAGAAGGACGAGCAGCUGUGCCGCACCGAGAUCAAGGCGCUGCAGCUGGCCAACGCCGAGCUGAAGAAGCGCGAUCUGCUCAAGUCGCGUGAGAGCUCCUGGUCGAAGGAGUUCUCCUCCAGCAGCAAGGAGGACAGCAAGGAGCUGGAGAAGCUGCGCAAGAGCCUGGAGAAAGCCCUCUCCGAAGUGGAUCGGGCCGGUCAGGACGCCGAUGAGGCGAAGCGGGUGCGCGACUGGGCGAUCUCGCAGCGCGAGAAGAUCGUCCAGGAGCGCGACUCCGUGAAGACGCUCUGUGAUAAGAUGCGCCACGAGCGCGACAAGGCCAUCUCCGACUCGCUGAUGGCCAUCCGCGACAGCGAGAAGAUCAAGAAGCAGAAGGACGAGGCCCAGAAGAAAAUCGACCUGCUGAAGGAGCAGCUGGAGAACCAGAACCUCGACAAUUCCUCGCGCCGCAGCUUCCGCCUGAGCAGCUACGAGGGCGAGGACCUGCUCGAGAUCGAGCUCUCCAACUAUGACCAUGCCGUCGAUCUGGGCAUCAUCCUGGACGACAGCAACAAGCGGAAGCUCGUAUGCGGCGUCACCAAGAGCUCGCCCGCCUUCGGCAAGCUCAAGAUCAACGACGUUAUAUGCAAGGUGAACAACAUGGACUGUCAAUCCCUCUCCCGCCGCAUGGUGCUCGACGAGAUCCGCGCUUGUGCCCCGCGCAGCCUGCUACUCGUCUCCCGCACGCGCCACAGCAAGCGGCACCCGUACUCCGUGCAGCUGAAGACCCGCGACCGGGACACCCUGCACGGCCUGCAGCUGGACAUGGGCGUGUUCAUAGCCAAGAUCGAGCAGAACUCGCUGGCCUUCUACGAGCCAGAGCUGGAUGUGGGCGACCGCGUGCUGAGCAUCAACAACAAGUCCAUGGACUCGGUGCAGACCAUCGAGGAGGUGAUGCAGCUGCUCAACGACUCGCGCAGCGACAGCCUCAACAUAUUUGCCCUCAAGUACGUGCAGGAUCAGAUGCAGGUGCAGCAGGGCGGCGAGGGCCACUGCCGCAUGACCACAUCCUCGGCUCAGACCGACUCCAUAGACUCCAUGCAGCAGCUGAGUGGUGGCGGUGGCGGUGGAGGUGGGGGUGGUGGUGUGACCAGUGCCAGCGGCGGUAGUGCCACCAAACAUCCUUCGAAAUUCGCAGACUUUUUCCUGCGAAAGCUUAAGUUCAGCAAGCCGGGCACACCGGACGAUAACUUCGAGCAGGAGCACGAUGAUGCUAUCGCCGCACUGGACUCGGUGCUCAGCGAGAACAGCUCGGAGAAGAGCAAGGAGAAUCUCUUCAAUCGCAAGAAGCGCACCAAGAAGGAGAAGGAGGCGGCCGCCAAGAGCAUGGGCACCUGGCCGCGGGCCAGCAUCUCGCACGACAAUCCCACGGGCACCAUCGGCCAACGGGGCGGCGAGAAGAAGCGCGCCCUCAUGUCCCUCUUCACCGCCGGUCCCAUUAACGUGGACAAGGACGAUGAUGUGGAUGUCCAUGCGGAUGCUGUGGUGGGUCAUGCGGCGCUCGACAAGCCGCUGCAGCAGCAGCUGCAGGAUCUGCCGCCCCCACUCCCGCCACAGCUGUCCAAGCCGCUGGCGCACAUCCGGAAUGCCAAUGGCAGCGCUAUCAAAUCGCAUCCGAACCGCAACUCCAAUCCCGUGAGCUCUGGGCCCUCGGCUCUGUUCCCUCCCUCCGUUGGGGGAGUGGGCGGCAUGCCGGGGCAUCCUGGGUAUCCCUCUCAUCCCCGCCACUCGCUCUACGGCGGCACCAUUUCCGCCGCGGAGGAGCCACAGAAGCCGCUGCAGCGUGCCGCUCCCCUUAUGGGAGCCAAUGCCCGGGUGAAGAUGCCCUCGCAGGACCGCUACGGAGCCCGGCCGCACAGCAACCAUCGCUUCUCGCUAAACAUCACGCCCAGCGGGGACUUCUACCAGCCCAAGACGAGCGGCCAGCAGGCGCAGCAGCAGGUUAUGAACCCCAGUGCCGGCGGAGGAGGCAUGGGCAUGGGAAUGGGCAUGGGGAUGGGUAUGGGAUCCGGGACUGGACCGGGGCCGGCGGCAGGAGAGUUUCCCGUGCGAAAGCAGCAGAUCUUCGAUGUGUUCCAUCCGCCGCCUCUGCCCAAGACUAGUGCCAACUCCAGCUCCAACUCCAAUGCCGUCUUCAUGCCCCUGAAUCCGUCGCGAAGUGGCAUGCCCUUGCAUCCAGCCGGAAGCCAGCCGGCGGACGUGAUUUCACUCAAGUCGCAGAACUCCAUCGAGUCGAUACUGUCCGCCAAGAGUCCGCCCAUUAGCGAGUACAGCGUUUAUCCGAAACGGCAUGUGCCCAUGCCGCAGGCGGUCAAGCACGUGCCCAAGUAUCCCAGCGACAGCGAGAGCAUUGGCUCUGGCAUCCUCGGGAUCGGCACGGGCAUCUACUCGCAGCAGGCCAGCCACAUCUCGGGCAACCGACACACGCAGCUCUUUCCCACGUUCGCGCCCAGCGUCCAGGUUCUGCGCAACACGCGUCGCUCCAGUCCACUGACGCUGCCAUCGCCGCCGCCACAGCCCCUGGCCACGGUGGCCCAGCAUGACAGCAGCAGUGCCAUUGGCAUACCCACAGACCUGGACUACCCGCAUCCGCAGCAGCAUCAGCAUCAUCAUCAGCAGCAGCAGCAACAACAGCAGCACAUGAAUCCCCAUCCACUGCCCCAUGCGCUGCCGCCGUACCUGGACUACGGCCACCCAAGCCAUCCCAGUCAUGGCCCGUAUCCGUAUAUGGGCGUAGGCGGAGGGGGUGGUGUCAUCUACGAGGGCGGGACCUUCCCUCGGAAGAAGGACAACCAGAGACUGCGCAUACCGUCCAACCCGAGCGUCGCCAGCAAGAGCAGCAGCAUGGUGAAGAACAGCUCGGGCUCCAUCGACCAUCAUUAUGUCACAAGCAUGGCUCCGGCCUCGUCGGCCUCCUCCUCGGACCGGGCGCCCGUCUCUCUGAUGAGCACGGCCAUCCACGCCAGCUUCGGGGUGAGUGUGCCCGGAGGGGGAGCGGCGAACGGGGGAGCAGGCGGCGGCGGAAGUGGCCGUGGCUCGCCCAUGCCUCAGGUGCAUGUGGAGGUGCUCAGCCAUGGGGCUGGGAGCGGCAGCAAACGGAGCUCCAAUGUGCCUGCGGAUUUUCUCUGCCCUGGAGACCUUAGAAGAGUCACCAUCGACAAGCGCGACAAGUCGCUCGGUAUCACCAUUCAGUGCAACAACAACGGGGGCGGCAUCUUCGUGUCGACCGUGGCUGACAAGAGUACCGCGAUGCGUGCCGGUCUCCAGGUGGGCGAUCAACUCUUGGAAGUGUGCGGCAUCAAUAUGCGGGCGGCCACGCAGGAGAUUGCGGCCAAUGUGCUGCGGCAGUGCGGCGACUCCUUCACCAUGCUUGUCCAGUACAAUCCGGAGAAGUUCCCUUCGAUGGAGUACGAGAUGGGCACGCACAAUCUGGAACCAGAAUCUCCCCUCAAUCACUCGGGCUCGCCCACGCCGCGAAACUCGCCGCGUCCACCGGCCCGCAAUGUCCUGGCUCCGCUGCCCCUGCAGCCGCUCACCCUCCUGCCGUCGGCGGCGGUGUCGUCCGGUGGCUCGCGAGCACCGCUCUCCCACCAGUCCAUCAAGGAUCAGAGCUUCACCGACAGCCUGGAGAACCAGUCGGACAUCAGCAGCAGCCAGGACAUGCCCUCGUCGGCGGCCACCACAACGACGACCACAGCCUCGGCCACCUCGACCGUCUACGAUGAGGACCCCAAGCCGGCAUUGCCGCCGCCUCCCGUCUCCGUUCCAGCAGAGACUCUGCGGUACGUGACGCUGCACAUGGACAAAUCAAAGAACCUGGGCAUCAAGCUGUUUGGCGGCAACAAGGUGGGCAUAUAUGUGCACGACGUGGCGCCCGGCUCGCCCUCGGACCAUGCCGGCAUACGCAAGGGCGAUCAGAUUCUCGAGUACAAUGGCGUAGACCUGAGCGGAGUCACCGCCGAGCAGGCGGCCAACGAGAUCUCCAAGCUCACGGACACCGUCACCAUGCUGGUGCAGAACAAGCUGCACACACUUAAGCAAAUAAAAGACGAGCCGGGUGAUUCGUUCUACAUACGCGUAGGGUUUGAUCGGAUCGGAGAGCUGAACGAGGACGAUUUGCGCUUUGUGAAGGAUGAGGUGCUGUAUGUGGACAAUACGGUUUUCAAUGGCACCUUUGGUCUGUGGAGAGCCUGGAAGCUGGACGCCAUGGGGCAUCGCAAGGAGUGCGGCAUCAUACCCAGUCAAAUGAAGGUGGAAGAGGAGCUGCGCUCGGGCGAGGUGGUCGACUGUGAUACGGGUACCGCGCGACGCGGCAGCACCUCAGCUCGGCGUUCGUUUUUUCGUCGCAAGAAGAACCAGCGCAGCUCGUCCCGCGACUCCACGGAGAUUGCCAGCUUCAGCAAUACGCAGCUUAGCUUCUUUCCGGACCUAGGUCUGCUCAACGACGAUGGCGGGGCCCUGAGCUAUCAGCGUGUGGAGCUCUUGGACUCGCCCACACGUCGUCCUGUACUGAUCAUUGGACCGUUGUCCGAGUGCCUGAUGGAUCGCCUCACCAUUGACUUUUCCAACUUGUUCAAACUGUGCGAGGUGACGGCCAUGGACUGCUCGCAGGAGGCCAUGGAGGAGGGUCUCAAGGAGAACAUCUUCGUGGACUAUCGCCGGCGGGGCAACAAGUUCGAGUGCACCACCGUGGAGGCCAUCAGCAAUGCCUGCAAGAAUGAUCGACGUCACUGCAUCCUGGAUGUGUCGAUCUCGGCCGUUGAGCGGCUCCAGCGGCUGCAGAUCUAUCCGAUUGUCCUUCUGCUGCGAUUCAAGUCCGCCAAGCAAAUCCGCGAUAUCCGUGAUUUUGGCACUGACAAAAUCUCGGCCAAGGCGGCCAAGGAGAUGUACGAGCGGGCCAUGAAACUAGAGACUGACUACAAGCAGUACAUAUCAGCCGUCAUACCCGGCGUGAGCAUCAAGCACAUGUGCACUCAGAUCAAGGAUGCCGUCGACAAGGAGCAAGACAAGCUGCUCUGGGUGCCCGUCUCGAGUGGCUGAUGCCAGCACGGAUUUCACACAUAGUUUCCUAGAUUUAGUUUACGCUAAGUGCCCGAGCCUAGUAUUUUGCAAUGCGUAUCAAUAUUAUCAAGUUUGUAUUCGUUUCGUUCAACGCAGAGUAUUCUAUGGGCGUCCGUCGAUUUUCAACUGCAGCAAGGAUGUUGCUGCAUUUUAGGGCGCGGUAUUUCUACUUGUUUCUUGUCUCCGUCAAUUAAUUUAUGUACUAUAUCUAUUUCUAGUUCGUUAGCUGUAGCCAAGUAUGUUCUUUAUGUUUGGUCUGUCUGUAAAGUUCUCUCCCUCUCUCUCUCUCUGAAUCGGAAGGAGGUUGUCCACAAUUUAUAUAUCAAGCUAUUUAUAUAACUGGAAGGAAGUCUGCAAGGCGUCCAAACUACAUAUGUAAUUGCUCUACUUGUCUUAUUAUUAUGUAUUUGUAAGUACAUAAACCUUUGUCCUAUACACCUAUGGACCAAUCAAGUGGCAAUAGAGAGUUUUGGCUUUAAUCCGUUCAACUGUUCAACUGUUUAACUGUGUAUAUUAAAUAGUACCCCCUACCCCCCCUCUAAUCGAAUGCGAUAUAUUUCGAGCUUUACUACUUACCUGUCGUGUGUGCCUCUGUCGAUCCUGACAAUCAGAACAGUCGGCUGCUAGUUGUGCAACAUUAAAAGUUUUAUUCGAUGAACAA